AAAGAAAAGAAAGAAAGAAAAAGUGUGCGUAGUUAGUGAAACUGGAGGCCAGAAUGCCUUUAGCACAACUCGCGGGAGAUCCAUGGAAAUCGGUGAAGCAAGAAGCUGAGGCUAUUAAUGCUGAUGGCAUGACUGUGGAAUUACCAAGUGACCCCCUUCAACAGAAUGACCAUGUAAUGGAAGAAGCAGAAACCAUGGAAGAAGUUCAUGAAAUUGAACUGACCAAUAUAACAAAAGAGGGUCAUCCGAAAGGUGACCCUGGACAGUUCAAACUCUUAAAAGUGUUAGGUCAGGGGUCAUUUGGAAAGGUUUUUUUAGUUAAGAAAAUUGUUGGUCCAGAUGCUGGAAUAUUGUAUGCUAUGAAAGUUCUAAAGAAAGCAACCCUAAAAGUAAGGGACCGAAUGAGGACAAAAAUGGAGAGAGACAUUCUGGCUGACGUACGACAUCCAUUUAUAGUUAAACUUCAUUAUGCUUUCCAAACAGAAGGAAAACUUUACCUAAUUUUAGACUUCCUUAAAGGAGGGGAUUUGUUCACCAGAUUAAGCAAGGAGGUGAUGUUUACUGAAGAAGAUGUGAAAUUUUAUCUAGCAGAAUUGGCCUUAGCUCUAGAUCACCUUCACAAUAUAGGAAUAAUAUACAGAGACCUCAAGCCAGAGAAUAUUCUGCUGGAUACAGAUGGUCAUAUUAGUCUGACAGAUUUUGGUCUAAGUAAGGAAGCCUUAAAUGACCAGAAAGCUUAUUCCUUCUGUGGAACAGUGGAAUAUAUGGCUCCAGAAGUUAUAAAUCGUAAAGGUCAUACAACAGCAGCUGACUGGUGGUCAUUUGGAGUCCUAAUGUUUGAGAUGCUGACAGGAGCCUUACCAUUCCAAGGAGCAAACAGAAAGGAAACAAUGAUGCAGAUUCUCAAAGCAAAAUUAGGAAUGCCACAGUUCCUUAGUCCUGAAGCACAAAGUCUUCUUCGAGCCCUUUUCAAAAGAAAUCCAGCAAAUAGAUUAGGAUCAGGACCAAGCACUGUUAAAGAAAUUCAAGGUCAUCCAUUUUUUGCAACUAUAGACUGGCAGAAAUUGUACAGUAAAGAUGUUAAGCCUCCUUUCAUUCCAGCAGUUGGCAGAUCAGACCAUACUUGCUACUUUGAUAAAGAAUUCACCACUAGAACACCAGAAGACUCUCCUGGUAUUCCACCUAGUGCAAAUGCUCAUGAGUUGUUCAGAGGUUUUAGUUUUGUUGCUCCAAGUUUAGUAGAAGAAGAACAUCAACAGCAAGCUGAAACUGAAGCUCUUAGUAAACUAGCAUCUAGCUCUUCCAGUUACAAAGGAUCGAUCACCAAGGAGUAUGAACUCAAAGAAGAAGUAGGAGUUGGAUCUUAUGCUGUUACAAGACGUUGUGUUCACAGAGAAUCGGGAAAAAGUUUUGCAGUAAAAGUCAUCAACAAGUCUAAGCGAGAUUGUCAAGAAGAAGUGGAAAUUCUGUUACGCUAUAGUCAGCACCCAAAUAUUGUCACACUUUAUGAUGUAUAUGAAGAUGAAACAUCUGUUUACCUGGUGAUGGAACUUUUAAGAGGAGGGGAAUUGUUGGACAAAAUUCUCAGUCACAGAUCUUUUGGUGAGCGAGAAGCAAGUUAUGUGUUGGAAGUUCUUGCAAAAACUGUCAAGUACCUUCAUGAUAAUGGUGUUGUUCAUCGGGACCUAAAGCCAUCCAAUAUUAUGUAUGCCGAUGAAACAGGUAACCCCGAGUCUCUUCGAAUCUGUGACUUUGGUUUUGCAAAGCAGAUACGAGCAGAGAAUGGUCUUCUCAUGACACCGUGUUACACAGCUAACUUUGUGGCACCUGAAGUUCUGAAAAAACAAGGUUAUGAUGAAGCUUGUGACAUCUGGAGCAUGGGAGUGCUUUUAUACACCAUGUUAGCAGGGUAUACUCCCUUUGCUAAUGGACCACAUGAUACUCCCAGUGACAUUCUGGAGAGAAUUGGAGAGGGAAAAUUUCAGUUGAAUUCUGGAAACUGGGUAAACAUCACUCCAGCAGCAAAGCAUCUUGCUCACAAAAUGUUGCAUGUUGACCCUAAGCAGCGCUACAAAGCUGCUGAUGUGCUGAGCCAUGUGUGGAUAAGAAACAGGAACCAGCUACCAAGUUGCAAACUUUGUCAUCAAGAUGCCUCCUUAGUUAAGGGAGCCAUGGCUGCAACAUUCCGAGCCAUUAACCAUUUUCCAAAGCUACCUAAUCUGGAACCUGUUUCAGCAUCAGAGUUGGCACAACGUCGGGCAAAGGCACGACACAGAUUUUCCUUGGAAUAUUAGUUAGGUGCCAGGAACUACAUUUUGGUUUCCUUGAAGUCAAGGCAGAAGGAAAGUCUCCACAACCAGAGUAUUGUAGUCCUCGUGUCUCGUCAAAUAAAAGACCAACUGCUGGAGAAAGCUUUCUUCUUCUUUGGAAGUUAGAUGAAAGUUAAGGAUUAGACACCAGUUGAAGAGAUUAAGUCACUGCUUAUAUUCACCCAUCUUUUUAAAUAUAAUUUUCUUAAUCUUUAAUUCAAAAUCCCAAGAGGCUGAUCAUUCCUCCACAUGGUUGGCUGAUAUUUCACACUCAGGAAAUUUUCUUUAACCCUAAGACUUAGUUUAGGUGUCAAAAAGAAAAGCAUUUAAAUGUUUGUUAGUAGGCAUAGUUAGGUGAGCAUAAAGUUGAAUAGACUUAUGUUUGAAAUAAAAGCUUUUUUCUUCCCUUCAAAUUUAAAGAUGCCUUCCAUUUAGAAAAACAAUUAACCUAUAUAAUUUGUAAGUAUAAGUGUACAAUCAAGUUUAUUUUUGGUUAAGUGGGGAUAAGUAGUGAAGAUGUAUCUAGAGUUAUUAGGAAAGCAUAUAGGCGGUUGAUGAGGUGUUGUGCCAAACAGAACUGUAAAUUUAUACUGAACGUGUGAGAGGGAACUGCCACUUCCAGUAGCCCAUUCUAUGAUCAAAGUACUACUUUUUAAUAUACAUUUAUGGUUUUAAAAGAAAAGAAUCCACAUUAGAAGGUACACAGGAUCUAGGCUGACUGAUUACAGAUUUAUGGUCAAGUUUACCAAAUAACCUCAGUAGAAAGAUCAUCUGUUAUUGUGGAUCAUUUUUCACUUCGUCCAUCAUCAGUCUAAAUCUAUUAAGCCAAGUACUUCAUGUGUCCAGGAACGUAUUGUUCAUUUGAUUUCUCAUGUAUUAGAAACUACUGAAUUAUGCUUUUCAGUUCAACUUGUCCUUUACAUGUGUUUCUCCUUUUUUUAUUUCAACUGUUAUUUGUUACAACAGUUAAGCUGUCACAGAGUUUAAAUGAUAAAAAAAAUUAUUGUCUUUACACUUAUAAAGUGUGUUGUUAUAAAAUACUGUUUCUAAACCUGAUUUAGAUGCUCGACUGCAGAAUUAAAGUAAUGGCAUUAGAGAAGGUUAACCAUGUGAUCCUCUAUCACUGUUAUAGACUGAUUGUUUGUGAGCUAAAGGGCUACUCAAAUUCAGUGUUUUUUUGAGUUUCUGAAACUAUAAGCAGUAUUAUUUCGUGGCUUUAAACUACUACAGUGAGAUUUUUAAAAAGGGUGAAAUGUCUGUACAUCUAUUAGUAAUUUUUAAGGGGUCAACAAUUUUGAUUAAUUUUUUAUCAAUCUGUGUUGUGGUAUCAUGUCUAUAAGUAUAUCAUUUGAGCAUUUUUGUAGUUGUAGCAGUUUCCAAAAUGACCUUAAUCUAUGAAUUAUUUUUAAAACUGAUAAGUAGUACCAUGGGAGACCACAAUUAUCUGCAUUUAACAGCAUGAGUAUUUAACCAAUGAUGUAUUAAUAGUAAAUUAAACUGAUUAUAGUAACACAGCACAAUGAAUACCCAGCUCUUGUACUAACUCUUAAUAAGUUAUCUUAUUCAUUGAUACUACAGUGAUGCAUAAUAUUGGACAAAGAGGUAGUGUUUAAUUUACUCUUGCUUACUACACUUCUGGACAUACCACAAAUUUGUAACACACUAAAAUGCAGACAAGCUAAAACAACUAAGUUAAGUAUAAGUUAAAUUAAUAGUGUUAAAGUUUCACACAAUCAAAAAUCUUACUGAAGUGAAACUUAAUGAAUGAUUUUAAGUAAAAUAUAAAACUGGCAUAUGAAACUAUCCUAUUAUGAAACUAUGAUAUUACAUGUGCCUCGGUCUAAGUUGGAUUAAUUAUAUUGGUUUAAUAUUCCAGUGCUAAGCUACUUUCACUGUGUCACAAAAUUAUACAAGGUGACCAAGAAUAAAAAGAUAAAAUGUAAACUUAUUUGUAAUGCUUUUUUCUUUCAUUUAUAAAACUUGUAAAGUUUUAUUCUCCAUACAUUUAUUUUUUUGUGAGGUGUUUUAUUUGUACCUGAGUGAUUUUUUUCUUCUUUUUAGUCUCCCAGUUAUCAUGUUACCUAAACAAAUGUGUAGUUUUUAGGCCAACUUGAGAACUUGUUUCAUUAAACUAGGUAAUAAUUAUUAGUGAAAAGUGCUUUAACUUUAAAGAUGAAAUAUUUGAUUAAAAGUAGUGUAUAAAAUAAACUAUAUAUGAAUGUAAUAAACUGUACAUACCUAUAGAUAAUUUGUUCAUGCAUUGAUAGUUUUUUAAAUAAGAAUGAUGAUGCUUCAAAUAAGGUAUCACUUUUGUUUAUUAGAAAUGUUUUUUCUCAGUGAUUAUAUGGAAAUUAGUGAUUUCAAUCUUGAAUGAGCUUACUAUACAGUCCACCAACUUUUAACAUAAUAUUCUGUAAACUAAGUCUACAUAUAAUUUGUAUAGUUUUCUUAUUUUAAACUAAUGUUGUGAAACUAAUAUUAAAUCCAGUGUCAUGAAAAACUUAACGUUAAUGGUAAAAGACCUGUCUCGAUUAUUAAGUACCUGUUUAGUGUGACAACAUAUGUAAUGUCUGUGUGAAUGUGCUACACAUAACUCGGAGAGCAAAUCAGAUAUUCCCAUACUUUUUAUUUUAUAUAUUCAAUUUGAAUAAUUUAAAUGCUGAUUUAAAUAAAGCUAUGGUGUAAAAAAUCUGUUACAAAAUUCAAAUAAGUUUUUAUUUUGUUUACCUCUCUCUUAGUAACCUGUAAGCUGUGUAUUUUACCUAAGUAUAUUAAUUAUGAAACUAUUCUUUUGUUACAUUUUAUAAAUUCUAUAAAGCCUAUAGCAGAUUUUAAGUCUCUACUGGAUCUUGACUUCAAUAUUAGGCUUAUCGUAUUUAGAGUAUACAAAAAAUAAUACUUAUACUUUUACAUUUAUACAAUGCCAUAAUGGACUUAUUUUGUUGUUGUUUUUUGAGAAUGUGCAGUGAGUACUAGGGGGGAUUUAGUCAUUAUUAAAAUAAAGUUAAAAAAAAAAACCUUUACUCUUCAGGGCUUCAUCAGGGCUAGUAGUAAAAUUUUUGCACUAUUAGCCCUGAUGAAUUCACAAUGGCAAAAUGUUGGCUGAAAUAAAGUUGUUGUUUUUUAUUAUUAUGUGGAGAGCAAAGGUCCUUUUUUCAUAACCACAAUGGACUUUUUUCUGUGUAAAAGCUAGCCACAAAGUUAGCUUUUGUUGUACACUUGGUAUGAGAAUAAUGUUUGUUUUUUUAUUCUUUCAGCUUCUUUUAAUUUCUUUAUAAAGUUCUGUACUUCGUCAGUAUAUAUUGUCUGUCCUAAACUAAUGAAGUUCUUCAUGUUCAUGACAUCUCAGAAUGUGAAGCACGUCAGGAAAAAUUCUUCUUUACCUGUAAUGAUUCGGGUCUUACUUGACACCAUGUCCAUCUUUUAUCAGCUAAACACUGGAGAAUUGUCUAAAGCAUUAAGAGAAUUGACAUACUAACCCAGAUAUGUACAACAUAAAAUACAUAUUUUAAAGCAGUACUGAGGAAUGUAAUAAAAUACUUUUUAAGGAAGUAUUAAGAGAAUUAUAAAAGAUGUGUCAUCAAGUGUUGUUUGACCUAAUUAAUGUUACAGAUUUGUUAGAAAGUUAUGAUGGAUUUAAUGUCUAGGAAAAGUAAAAGAAUGUUUUAUUAGGCUUAAUACAAGAAAUAUGUAAUGAAUUCUGAGCAACUUGAAUAAAAAUGUUUUAGGAUAUGCUGAAAGAUGUAAUAUAGCAAACAUGUAAGGAGUUGUUGGGGGAUUUAAUAUAAGAGGUGUGGAAGAUGUUGAGAAAUUUAAUGUGAUGUGUAAGCAAAUGCAAAGUGACUUAAUAUUAAAGUUUAAGUAAAUGAAGAAUUUAAAAUGUAAGGAAAUUAUAAUAGACUUGACGUUUCUUUAAUGUAACAGAUAGAUAAAGGAAUGCUAAAAGAAUUAACAUACUGUUUGUUGUUUAAGAGAGUUUUGAUGAAUUCACUAAAACAAAAUGCAUAUGUAAACAACACAGCACUGUGUUGGUAAAUGUUGAAAUAUGCACUAUAAAGAUGUAUAUAAAGAAAUUAUGAAGACUUUCAUUUAGCAAUAUUUGAAUAAUAUUCUAAGAGAUCUUAAUACAACAGGUGUAUAUAGAAAUGUUAAGGGAUUAAAUAUAAAACAUUUGUAUGGCAGUCCUGAGGGAUAUGUUAUUAACCAUACACCAUCUAAACUGAGUACUUAAGUAUUAAAAUAAACAGUUAUACUCGCAUAAUGAUUUAGUUUUCUAUAUAAGAAUACUUCAUAAGUGAAAUAUGUAUAUAUUAGUUUUUAAUAACUUGUUCAUUUUAUGAGGCCUUUUACAAGCAUUUGAAAACAUGAAUAAGAAUUCUUCCAUAAACAUGAUGUUUAGCUAGAUUUUCAUCAUAACUUGCUUCUGGUAAAUGGUAACAUUGUCUUUUCUCGGCCUCCUGUAACCAGAUGUGACUAAUCUUACAAAGGAAAGUUUAAAUCACUGGUGAAACUAGUUUUUAUUUCUCUCUCUUUUUUUUUUAUUUAAUAUAAAUCUCAAAUAGUUUGGCAUAAACUUAUUUCAUAGUUACAAAAUGAUGUACUUCAGAGAAGACUGUCAUUAUUAAUGAGAUAGUUGACAGGAAACUCACUGUGAUUGUUAUAUUAUGUUGGUUUGGUAGAUAUAACUGUUAUGUAGAAAGAUUACUUGAGAAAAUGUCAUUGCUAAUCUUUCAAUCUGUGGAUUAAAUUAAUUGAUUUGAAAAAAGUACAAGGAACAAUUGAAAACGUUUGUCUAUAAAAAUAACUGCAAGACUUUUAUAUGUGUGUAUGCUUGAGGAAAAAGAAACAAUUUGAACCAUAUGAAUUGAAGUCAUAUGGCCGUUUUACUAUUUAAAAAUACUGAUUUUGAAAACUUGAACUUUAUUAAUUUUGUCAAUGAAAUUUGAAACAUUAUUAACAGUUGGAUAUAACAAACUGUCAUCCAGUGGGCUGUCUUUAUUGUCGCUAGCUCUUUUGUAAGUUUUUGUAAAUAGGGUUGCACUGCAAGAACAAAACAAAUUUAAUUCGACACAGCAUCAGUAAACUGAUAUGUCUUAAAGAUGCAUGUUGUGGUAAAUAGGGUUGCUUCACAAAAACAAAAAUUUAAUUGGACACAGCAUCAGUAAACUGAUAUGUCCUAAAGAUGCAUGUUGUGGUAAAUAGGGUUAAAUCACAAAAACAAAACAAAUUUAAUUGGACACAGCAUCAGUAGACUGAUAUGUCCUAAAGAUGCAUGUUGUGGUAAAUAGGGUUGCAUCACAAAAACAAAACAAAUUUAAUUGGACACAGCAUCAGUAAACUGAUAUGUCCUAAAGAUGCAUGUUGUGGUAAAUAGGGUUGCAUCACAAAAACAAAACAAAUUUAAUUGGACACAGCAUCAGUAAACUGAUAUGUCCUAAAGAUGCAUGUUGUGGUAUAUGGCCACAGACUUGAUGCUUUCAUCAUUAAAUGUAUUCGUAGAAACAUUUCUUUAAAAUUUUCGAUUUAAGCAUCACACAUUGAAAUAAGAUUUUAAACAAACUUUGUGCUGUUAUCACUAAAUAUUGUU